AUGAAGGCACUCAUUCUCGUCGGUGGCUUCGGCACCAGACUGCGACCUCUCACCCUCACCCUACCUAAACCCCUAGUCGAAUUUGGCAAUCGUCCUAUGAUUCGGCAUCAAGUCGAGGCCCUUGCCGCAGCCGGUGUCACCGACAUCGUCCUCGCCGUGAACUAUCGGCCGGAUGUCAUGACCAGUGCGCUCAAAAAAUACGAGGAGUUGUACAAUGUCAAGAUCACAUUUUCCGUCGAGGCGGAGCCCCUGGGCACUGCUGGCCCCUUGAAGCUGGCGGAGAAGAUCUUGGGCAAAGACGACACACCUUUCUUCGUGCUCAACUCCGAUGUCAUUUGUGAAUACCCCUUCAAGCAAUUGGCCGAAUUCCACGCCGCCCACGGCGACGAAGGUACUAUUGUGGUCACCAAGGUUGAAGAACCCAGCAAAUACGGUGUCAUCGUUCAUAAACCCAACCACCCAUCCCGUAUCGACCGCUUCGUGGAGAAGCCCGUCGAAUUCGUCGGCAACCGCAUCAACGCUGGCAUCUACAUCUUCAACCCAUCCGUCCUGGACCGAAUCGAACUCCGUCCCACCUCUAUUGAACAAGAGACCUUCCCGGCCAUCUGCAAGGACGGCAAACUACACUCGUUCGACCUCGAGGGCUUCUGGAUGGAUGUCGGCCAACCCAAGGACUUCUUGAGCGGCACUUGCUUGUACCUUUCUUCGCUCGCAAAACAUAACCCCAAAGCUCUCGUGUCCAACUCCGAGCCUUAUGUCUACGGCGGAAAUGUCAUGGUCGACCCGACCGCCAAGAUUGGCAAGAACUGCCGAAUCGGACCCAAUGUCACCAUUGGACCUGGCUGCGUGAUCGGUGAUGGGGUCAGACUCCAGAGAUGUGUGCUGUUGGAGGAUAGCAAGGUCAAGGACCAUGCUUGGGUCAAGUCAACCAUUGUCGGCUGGAGAUCAACUGUUGGCCGCUGGGCGCGUCUGGAAAACGUGACGGUGCUUGGGGAUGAUGUUUCCAUCGGCGACGAGAUCUAUGUGAAUGGUGGAAGUGUCCUCCCUCACAAGAGCAUCAAGGCGAACGUUGAGGGUCAGUCGUAUCUCGAUACACACCGUGAAUCCGCUAACUCUUCUGCAGUGCCAUCCAUCAUCAUGUAG